AUGUUGAAUAAAGAUGAUUUUCGCAGGCUUCGUAAAAAGCCAACCCAAACAAUACACCGAUUGUUUUUUAAGGGGAGUGCUUGGACCAUUUACGCAAUAGCCUGCGGAUUCCACUUCUUCAAGAUGCACUACAAUGAGCGAACCAAUCAAGUGGAGGAGGCCCAUUAUCAUCGAAUAUGGUCAAAGAUUGUAGUUGCCAUCAAGGUUUUGCUAGUGGCCAGCCAAUAUCUGCAGUACUUCGUUCUCGGAUUGGUCAUAUACAUCCACAUCAAACUGGUGCAUACAAGCAGUGCCCAGAACUUUGUGAUGAGUGUUCUCAUGCUGGGAAUAGUCGUUACCGGCCUGCGGCGCUUGGUGAUUUUUCUGCAUUUGAAAAGGGAUCGGAGGUUUGUGGAACAUUCAGUCAACGAGAUCCUGCAAAUCACCAGCCUGAUCGAACGAAAGAUCGGUAUGGUAUACAACUGCGACUAUGUUUUGUUGGGAGUGUAUUUGUUCAAACUGUGGAUACUCUACAUUCUGUUGGAUGCCUUAUGGAACAAGCCCUACUUCCUGGUUAUUAACUUCCUGUACUGGGUGUUGCUGGAGUACUGCUUUGCAGGGUAUUUCCUUUACCAGCUGAUCCUUAUCAGCUGGUAUCACACCAUUAUCCUGUUCCUGCAGCGCUUUAUCGAGGAUUACGAAAAUCGGCAGGAGAUUGAGGCUCAUCAGCGAUUGCUCCUCCUCUUUGAACUGCACCUCCGCAUUAACAAUCUCCACAAAUACAUUAAGGACAAGUUUUCCUGGCUUUCGACUUCUAUUUACCUUAUGAUCUUCACCUGCAUCUUCAACAUGGAACUUCUCAUAGAGUGCAGCCUGUUCGCCGAGGACGAGCUUGAGAACAAGAUUUUUAUAAUUGCUGACGGGUGUUUGGGACCCGUGUUCAUUCCCAUCCUAUAUGUGCUGAUCCUGGGAAUGUGUACUGACCGAAUCCGCGAUGCUGAAUUACAGCUACAGCAGCUCAUCGUUAUCUCACAAACGUUGUAUGUGAGAAAAAUAAGACCACACCUUCCAACCGUAGUGGUUCUCGACAACGAGCAUACUUCUUUGAUGCUUCACCAGAAAUUGGAACCACUCCAAAACAUGAUCAUUUUGGAUAUCACCUGCGAUCGUCAGUUCGCCUUGGACUAUAUUCUCACAGUUAUCCUAACUGCGUUGUCGCUUGUACAGUAUACUAUAUCAUAUGGAAGAAUUAUUAGAGAGUGUUUGACUCAUAAAUAG